AUGAAGAUCAGCUGUGAUGAGCUGCUGCUUCCAUCCUCCCAGGAUGAGCAGCUGGUGGACAACCUGCUGUGCAGCGAGGAACCGGAGGAUCUCCCCGGAGGAGCCGGUUUCUCUCUGACCCAGGCCCUGCUGCCCCUGGUGGAGGCCUCCUUCCCCCCUCCCGCCGCCCCCUGGGUCUGCUCCACCCGCUAUAAGACGGAGCUGUGCACCAGCUACGCCGCCACCGGCGCCUGCAAGUACGCCGACCGCUGCCAGUUCGCCCACGGCCUCAACGAGCUCCACGUUCCGUUCCGCCACCCCAAGUACAAGACGGAGCUGUGCCGGAACUACCACACCACGGGCUACUGCUACUACGGGGCCCGCUGCCUGUUUGCCCACAGCCCCACCGAGCUGCGGCAGGCCCUGCAGCAGCGCAGGAACGUCCCCUGCCGCCGCUUCCUCGCCCACGGAGUCUGUCCCUUUGGAAAACGCUGCAACUUCCUGCACGUGGAGGAGGUGGAGGCGGACGGUGGCUCUCCUGCUGCUCCGUCUCCUCCUCCGCAGAGGAAGGAGUGGGGCCCCCAGGGGCCCCUGUGCAACACCUUCAGCUCCUUCGGCUUCUGCCUUUACGGCACCAGCUGCCGCUUUCAGCACCGGCUGCCCAGCAAAGCCCGGAGCCCUGACCUCCUCUCCCCCCGGCCUCCAAGCACAGCAGGUUUACCUCCAGCCUCCUCCAACGGCUCCUCGCCUCCUUCCUCCUCCUCCACCUCCCCGUCCCCUGAGGCCGCGGUGCAUAACGCCUUCACCUUCUCCAGCCAGCACCUGAGCGACCUGCUGCUGCCGCUGGCCCUCCACCUGCAGCAGCUGGAGGCCUCCAAGGGCCAGGAGGUGUGGGACAACAUGGGCCUCUGAUCACUUUUUAUUUUCUCCUUUUUUAUCCCCACCAUCAGAGGCCAUCUGUGGAAAUGUGCCUCUUUUUUUGCUCUUAUUGUUGUUUUUUUAAACUGUAAAUAUUUGACUUGUUUUCCAGCAGG